AUGGAGUCAGAUAACCCAAACACAGUUGGCAAGAAGGAGAGCCCGAAUCUGCUGGAACGCUUCGAGAAGGUCGAGAAAAUACUCCAAGACCAAAAUGAUCGACUCAAUAAGCACGAAGAACGUCUUCAGGACUACGAUAAACGUUUCGAAGACUUAAAUUCAGAUCAGCGUCUCAGGGACCCAGGUCCACUCGAUCAGCUCAUUAUGGAUCAUAAUCAACGCCUCGCAGAGUACGACCAACGGCUUCUCGAACUUCACCGAGAAAAAAUGUCACUCCACGCGAGUGAUCUAGAAAAGUUCGGUGAACUCGCAUCUAGCAAUAGAAAAAUCCACACUAUGCAUGGUGCAGACAUCAAAACUGACUUUCUUGUCCUUAAAUUCUUGGAAUUGGAGGGCAAGUGGGUAAGGAUGGUGCUAGCUCUCGAUGGCUUCAAAACCCGUUACGGUAUCUCUAGGGACGACUAUUACAAGUUAAGAAUCCAUGAUGCACCGUACGAAAUUGUCUUUGCCUUCAAUACGAGGAGUGACAUGGGCUACCUUCAUGCCUACCAAAGCUCGGCUCAUAAGAGCACAACAUUGGCCGGUAUGUGCGAUGAGAUAAUCACAGAGUGGAAAGAGCAUAUUUCGGCACCGGGCGAAAGGGACUAUCCUAGGGCCGUUAUCGAGGCAAAAGUUGAACAGAUCCAGUUAUUGCUCUGA